ACGUGAUCACCAACCAUGGCUUCCCUCUCCUAGUGAUGGAGGCGCAUCGUUGACAACAAAACAACACUGGAACUUUAUUCAUUUAUUUCUCCACUGCCACAAGUCUGUAUUUACAAUGCAGAAGAUCAAGUCUCUCAUGGCCCGGCAGGGCCUGAAGAGCCCCCAGGAGAGCAUGGCAGACCUGAGUCCUGUGGAGAACCUCAGGAUCCCCAGCAAGGAGGAGUUGCGGGAGCUGAGGGAGCAGCCCAUCGACCCCCAGGCGGAGCAGGAGAUCAUCGACAGCAUCGAGGAGGUCUACUUCUCUAACGACUCCUUCGACAUGGUGCAGCACGAACUGGAGAAACUUCCACCUGAGCUGAACCUGCAGGAGCUGGAGGAGUACAGAGACAAGCUGAAGAGACAACAGGCAGCAGUUUCUAAAAAGGUCGCUGAUCUUAUUCUGGAGAAACAGCCUGCGUAUGUCAAGGAACUGGAGCGUGUGACUGCAUUACAAACCAACCUGCAGCUGGCAGCGGUCAUUUGCACUAAUGCAAGGAGGCAACUGAGCAUGUCGAAGGAGGGAUUCACAGAAGCCAGCUUGGGUCUAUUGGCCAAUCAGAGGAGGCGACAGCUGCUGACAGGCCUGCUUAAGUCACUGAGGACCAUCAAGACGCUGCAAAGAACAGACGUAAGACUCAGCGAGAUGCUUGAGGAGGAAGACUAUCCAGGUGCAAUCCAGCUCUGUCUGGAAUGUCAAAAGGCUGCCAGCACCUUCAAACACUACAGCUGCAUCAGCGAAUUGAAUUCCAAACUACAAGACACUCUGGAGCAAAUAGAGGAGCAGCUUGACGUCGCCCUGUCGAAGACUUGUAAGCACUUUGAUGUUUCGCACUACACCAAGGUCCAGCUGGCCUACACGCUCCUGGGCAAGACACAGACUGCUAUGGACCAGCUCCACAUGCACUUCACCCAGGCCAUCCACAACACGGUGUUCCAAGUGGUGCUGGGAUACGUGGAGCUGUGUGCCGGCAACGCUGAUACCAAGUUCCAGAAGAUGCAGUACAAGGACCUGUGCACGCAUAUCACCCUGGACAGCUACAUUCCCUGCCUGACAGAUCUAUGCAAGGCAUUGUGGGAGGUGAUGCUUAGCUACCACCGCACCAUGCAGUGGCACGAGGAGCAUGACAAACAGGAGAGCACACCCAGUACAGAUGGCGCCGCGGCAGCAGAGUCUGAUGAGUCGGUGGUGGACCGCAGCUACGUGAAGAAGAAGCUGGAACAUGGACUCACACGGAUCUGGCAGGACGUCCAGUUGAAAGUGAAGGCCUACAUCCUGGGGACUGACAUGUCUAACUUCAAGUACGACGACUUCAUUGUGGUGCUUGAUGUCAUCAGCAGGUUGAUGCAGGUGGGCGAGGAGUUCUGCGGCAGCAAGUCAGAGGUCCUGCAGGAGUCCAUCAAACGCCAGAGUGUCAACUACUUUAAAAACUAUCACAGGGCACGACUGGAAGAGCUGAGGAUGUUUCUGGAAAAUGAGACGUGGGAGCUUUGCCCGGUGAAGUCUAACUUUAACAUGGCCCAGCUCCAUGAGUUUAAGUUCAUGGGCCAGUGUCGUUCUCCGUCCGUUUCCCCGAGCAGACAGGCCGUGUUCUCGACCAGCCCGGCUCAGGAGGAGCUUUCUCUGUUCCAGCAGUACCUUCAGGAGGGAAACCCCUUUGAGAUGCCUGCUGAGCACAAAGACGAGGAGACAGAGGAUGUGCUGGCAUCUAACGGGUACGAGUCAGACGAGCUGGAAAAGAGUGUGUAUCAAGAUUACGACAGUGACAGUGAUGUCCCCGAGGAGCUCAAGCAGGACUUUGUUGACGAGCAGACAGGUGACGCCCCCCUCAAGAGUGCAUCCCGAGAAACCAUCAGAAGCAAGAAAAAGUCCGACUACAACCUUAAUAAGACCAAUGCACCGAUCCUCACCAACACCACCCUUAACGUCAUCCGGCUUGUCGGGAAGUAUAUGCAGAUGAUGAACAUUCUGAAGCCGAUCGCCUUCGAUGUCAUCCACUGUGUGUCACAGCUCUUCGACUACUACCUGUACGCUGUGUACACCUUCUUUGGACGCAAUGACAUGUAUGAGUCAUCGGGUCUCGGCCUCAUCAGCAGCAGACUGAGAACCACACUGAACCGGAUCCAGGAGAGCCUCAUUGACAUGGAUGUAGGGGGGGAGAAUGCAGCGGUCCACAGUGCAGCAGAGGACAGAAAGGAGAAAGUGCCGAGCCCCCACCUCAGCCAACUGGUGGUCCUCACUAACAGUGGGACUCUUUAUGGGCUAGCACAGAGAGUGGUGGCCACCGAGUCUCUUGUGUUUCUGGCCGAACAGUUUGAGUCCCUCCAGUCCCACCUGGACACAAUGAUGCCUGCAGCCAAGAAGCCCUUCCUGCAGCAGUUUUAUUCCCAGACGGUGUCUACAGCCAGUGAACUCCGGAAACCAAUAUACUGGAUUGUUGCAGCGAAGGCCAUCGACUACGAACAAAUGUUGCUCCUGAUGGCUGGCGUCAAAUGGGACAUUAGGGAGAUAAUGUCGCAGCAUAAUGUGUAUGUGGACGUCCUGUUAAAGGAGUUUGAGCAAUUUAACAAGCGGUUGCAGGAUGUUUCCAGACAUGUGCGCAUCCCGCUGCCUGUGUCCAACGUGCUGUGGGAGCACUGCAUCCGCCUGGCCAACAGGACUCUCGUGGAAGGCUAUGCUAAUGUGAAGAAAUGCAGUAACGAGGGCCGCGCCCUGAUGCAGCUGGACUUCCAGCAGUUCCUAAUGAAGCUGGAGAAGCUGACCGACCUGCGACCCAUUCCUGAUAAAGAGUUUGUUGAGACCUACAUCAAAGCCUACUACCUGACUGAGAAUGACAUGGAGCAGUUCAUCAAGAAUCAUCGGGAGUACUCCAUGAAGCAGCUCGCCAACUUGGUGAAUGUUUGUCUGGGUUCACAUAUAAACAAGAAGGCUCGCCAGAAACUCCUGUCGGCCAUAGAUGACAUUGACAGGCCCAAGAGAUAGGCUGAUGAACGGAGGCGGACCCUGAACGUAUCAACCCACCACAGAGACGGACACUCCAACAGAGGAACUCCCACAGUGGAGCUCGGCGUCGAAUGUUUUUCAUAUUCUGUUUAAGAGCGUAAAUGUUGUGGUGUGUUCAACGAGCCGUACAGCACAUACAGAAGUAGAGCUACUGUAAACAGCUAAGCUCAAAUGUUAGCUAAAUGCUAGUAAUCUCUUAGUAUACAGCCCUUAUGUGGUCAAAACACACCACUAACUUUCAAGCACGCUGCAGUUACUCUAUGCUAACAGUAGAUGUUCCAUAAUGCAUGCCUUUACAGUUUCAUUUAACCGCUUUUCAUGAAGUUUUCCUGCAAAUUGUCUUCAACCACAACAAUUUCAAUAUCUUCAACGACCAUAAGGAUUUAAAGUUUCAGAUAAACUACUACAAAAACAGGAUCUAACAAUGUAAUGUGAAGUGAUGAACAUGUGGCUGUUUAUGGCAUUCCAUCUGAUAAAAACCAUGAUCUUGAGAUUAAAGGGUGAUUUAUGAGUUGCUAAAAUGUAAUAGUUCCAUAAUGUUGUAAAGUUUUGUGGUAAAUACGUCCAAAGUACAGAUCCUAUAAGAGUCUGUAGUCGUAAUCAACCUCCACUAUCUCAUAUAACGCUUGACUGAAUGAGCCCCCUGAUGGAGGGACAGCCAAUCACGGUUAUUGUUCACUUUGAUCAUUCAUUAUUAGUUACUCCAGUUUUAGUUUUUUUGUUUGCUGUAUAUUAUUUCACUUCAGGGUAUUUUUUGCGCCUGAUUGGAUUCUCUGCCUCUUUGUUUUGUUUGUUUUGUCCAUGAAUUGCAUAAAUCUAAUAUAAUGAUGAUUCUGAAAAUAAUAUAAAUUGCUGUAAUGAGCGUUGAUAUAGAGUUUAUCUGUCCUAGCUGCAAUUGUUCGUUUGCCAUUGGUCAUAUCUGAGGAGGAGUUUCAGAAAGUCUUUGAGAACUUCAACAUUAACAGUUAUUGAUAUGGCUUCAACUAGUCCAAGAAAAAUUCUGUAAAUGUGAAUGUUUUGAACAAUGUCUGUAUUUAUUUCCUGCUUUGUGUCUUGUCUGGGUUUUUAUAUGAUAUUUGCUGGAAGCGUAUUUCGUCAUUUAUCACCUCUCGGUAUCUUAUCAACUGAAGCUAAUGCUGAUAUUUAAACAUUGUCAAAUUUUGUGAAGGGUCACGUACACUAUAUAGUGAAAAUCAGUAAUCGGUGUUGGAACUGUAGGUUGAAGUAAAAAUGAUUCUGACAUAAUAAACACACUAACAAUGGACUUAAUGCUUACAGUGCCAUUAAUAAACUGCAUUAUCUAUAAAUCAUA